GGGUUGCUGUGGAGACCGAGCCAGCUUUGUGGAUGCCGAGGCGCGCUGAGGCCCGGCCUUCUGUUUGUCUGCAGAGGGGAUUCAUAAGACUGACGCCAAGAUGAUGCUUUCAAGGGCCAAACCUGCUGUAGGCAGGGACCUACCGCAUACUGACAAAAGAAAGAAGAAAGGUAGGAAGAUUCCAAAACUAGAGGAGCUACUUUCACAAAGAGAUUUCACUGGAGCUAUUACCCUGUUGGAGUUCAAACGUCAUGUUGGGGAACAAGAAGAGGACACUAAUUUGUGGAUUGGAUACUGUGCUUUUCAUCUGGGUGACUACAAGAGAGCUUUGGAGGAAUAUGAAAAUGCAACGAAAGAGGAAAAUUGCAAUCCUGAAGUCUGGGUGAACCUAGCCUGUACCUACUUUUUUCUUGGAAUGUAUAAACAAGCUGAAGCAGCUGGAUUUAAAGCUCCAAAAAGCCGACUUCAAAACCGCCUCCUCUUCCACUUGGCUCACAAGUUUAAUGAUGAGAAGAAAUUGAUGAACUUUCAUCAGAAUCUUCAGGAUAUCACAGAAGAUCAACUCAGUUUGGCCUCAAUCCACUAUAUGCGAUCUCACUACCAAGAAGCUAUUGAUAUUUAUAAGCGAAUACUGCUAGAUAACAGGGAGUACCUUGCCCUCAAUGUUUAUGUGGCCCUGUGUUACUACAAGCUGGAUUACUAUGAUGUGUCUCAAGAAGUUCUGGCUGUUUAUCUUCAGCAAAUUCCUGAUAGUACCAUCGCACUCAAUCUUAAGGCCUGUAAUCAUUUUCGCCUUUACAAUGGCAAAGCUGCUGAGGCAGAACUCAAAAGCUUGAUGGACAACGCUUCUUCUUCCUUUGAAUUUGCUAAAGAGCUCAUCAGGCACAAUCUGGUUGUUUUCCGAGGAGGUGAAGGGGCUUUGCAGGUUUUGCCUCCCCUGGUUGAUGUCAUUCCUGAAGCUAGGCUAAACUUAGUGAUUUACUACCUUCGUCAAGAUGAUGUACAAGAAGCUUAUAACUUAAUUAAGGAUCUGGAACCUACUACUCCUCAGGAGUAUAUCCUCAAAGGAGUGGUCAAUGCAGCCCUUGGCCAGGAAAUGGGUUCGAAGGAUCAUAUGAAAAUUGCCCAGCAGUUCUUCCAGUUGGUGGGAGGAUCAGCUAGUGAAUGUGAUACAAUACCAGGGAGGCAGUGCAUGGCUUCCUGUUUCUUCCUGCUUAAGCAAUUUGAUGAUGUCUUGAUUUACCUCAACUCGUUUAAGAGUUACUUCUAUAAUGAUGACAUCUUUAACUUUAAUUAUGCCCAAGCCAAAGCUGCAACUGGCAAUACCAGCGAGGGUGAAGAGAUUUUCCUUUUAAUCCAAAGUGAGAAGAUGAAAAAUGACUACAUUUACCUCAGUUGGCUAGCUCGGUGCUACAUUAUGAAUAAGAAGCCAAGACUAGCCUGGGAACUUUAUCUCAAGAUGGAAACCUCUGGCGAGUCCUUUAGCCUCUUACAGCUCAUUGCUAAUGACUGCUACAAGAUGGGCCAGUUUUACUAUUCAGCCAAAGCAUUUGAUGUCUUAGAGAGGCUGGAUCCCAACCCUGAAUAUUGGGAAGGCAAGAGGGGGGCCUGUGUAGGCAUAUUCCAGAUGAUCUUAGCUGGGAGAGAACCCAAAGAGACCCUUCGAGAAGUGCUCCAUUUACUGAGAAGCACGGGUAACACCCAAGUAGAGUAUAUCAUCCGGAUCAUGAAGAAAUGGGCCAAAGAAAACAGAGUGCCUGUCUAAACUAGCUCCGGAGUCCUAAGGAGCCAGUCACCACGUUGACAUAAAAUUGGAAAUCAUUCUCCUCAAGUUUACGUAAGAUGCGGGGCUCUGUUUUACUGACACUUCCUUCCUUGCUCUUCGAGCCUCAAGAUCAGUGACUGGCUUGCUUAGACCGAGCCUCCUGGCUGAACUAAGAGCCAUAAUUUGUGCUGUGGCUCCUGUAUGAUCCGACGACCAAUAAGACUUUGGACUUGUCUGGUGCCUUUCUUCUAAAACUACUCAGAGUCCUCUUAUGUGAUUUACUGACUUGAAGGAGAAUGGCAUAACUUUUUUUACAUAUUAGCAUUCCAUGGCAUUUUCUCCAAGCUGCAAUAACAAAUGCCUUUAAUGCUCAAAGGUCACCAUCAUUCUGUCAUCUUAAUUUUAGCCAUCUAUGUACAUUAUCCUGUUUUACUGGGAAAUUCCAUAAAAAGUUUAAUAGUGCAGCUCUGAAUCUUGGGAGAGCAGAGGUUAUAAAUAGCUACAUGAUUCUAAGAAUGGCAGUAAGAUCCUUUAUCAGACUGUCCAGUCAUUAAUAGAUAAUAGGCUUAUGGGAUUACUCUUUCAGUAGUUGAAUUCUUGAUGAUAAUAACACAGUUGCAGUGGAGUAACCUGAAUAUUGCAGUUUUUUUAAAGGUAAGUACUAUGAAAAAAAUCUGUGUGGUACAUUUGAAGAUAUUCAAGAAACAGUAUAAAAAUCUCAUCAGGCACUUCCCCACUGUAAUUUAGGUAACAUUACAGGUUAGGUUUUUCUUCAUAUAUCCUGCUGAAUAAACAUCAAGUUUUGAAAGUAGGGCUACAAAGAUUAUUUUAUUUCUUAAUGUAAUGUUAAUAGAAUAUGGAUCGUGUAGAGCCCUUUGAGGGAUUUCCUAAUGGCUGGACUCUGUCCUAAGUCGUAUCCUGGCCCAAUGUUUCCGAGCUCUCGCAAUAUAAACCCAUUACACAACUGAGCAUUUUUAGGCUCGCGACCUAUUUUCAGAAGAUAGACCUACAUGUUUUAUGUACCAGAUUACCUUUGUUUCUAUAUUACAUAAUUUUUUUCUGUUAGUUUAAGGUACAAGUAUUACAGGUAUAGAAAGUGCAGAGCCAUCCCUAUCCAGCCUGGGAACUGAAACUCAUAAUUCCUUGAAGCACUAAAGAAGAAUAGUGUCAGUUUUCCCACCUAUACCCCCAGCAUCCACUGUGGAUGAAGAAUUCAUAUAUAGAAUGGAGAUGGGAACAUGGCAGGAGUCGGAGCAGCUAAGGAAAGAAGGUCUGUGAUGGCAGAGAGCCUUUGCCUUCUGGACAGUUGCAAGGGGUUCUUCCAGAUCUGCUCAGGAAGAUGACCAGUUUUCCAGUCUUUUAUUUAGACCCAGAUCUAAUCAGUUCAGAGCACAAAUCAAAAUAAACUGACCUGGGGCUUCCCUGGUGGUGCAGUGGUUGAGAGUCCGCCUGCCGAUGCAGAGGAUAUGGGUUCGUGCCCCGGUCCGGGAAGAUCCCACAUGCCGCGGAGCGGCUGGGCCCGUGAGCCAUGGCCGCUGAGCCUGCGCGUCCAGAGCCUGUGCUCUGCAACGGGAGAGGCCGCAACAGUGAGAGGCCCACGUACCGCAAAAAAUAAAUAAAUAAACUGACCUGAAAAACUGAAUUUUAUAAAACAAAGUUAUAUCAUUUUU